AUGGCAUCGGCACCAGCUGCUUGGCCGCUGCGCAAAGCUCUGAAGCGGGUGCAGGCAGCCCAAGACAGGCUCAGCGAUGCGGUGCCAGCAGUGCUUGCGCAAGCAACGCUCGGCGGCCACGCCGGCCACGCGCGCCCAGCCUGUGCCACCGCGCUUCCAGGGGUCACAGGAACUUCUCUGCCGUCGGCCGGGAGCUUCAACACGGCAUGUUGGGACGGUCCCGGUGCAAGUUCUGCAAGGCUGGACCUUGUGGUCGCGCACUGCAGGGAGCCGCUGGAUUGGCUACACACCAAGAUCACAAAGAUGCCUCCAGGCUCCAGGCUCUUCCUUUACGAGAAGUGCGGGGCUUGGACGGACCCGGCUUCCUUUGCAGCUGGGCCAUUUCAAGCAGUGCGUGUGAUCGCGCGGCCAGACAUAGGAGCAGCCCGUGGCGACGAGUGCUCGGCGUACUUGACCCAUAUCCUUGCAAACUACCAGCAGCUUGCGGACUUUAUGAUCUUCCUCCAGAGUGAUCCGAUGGAUCACUUGCACAUGGACUUCAUGGACUUGGUGCUGAGGAGCAUCGCGGCCGGCACCUAUGAUGUUGGCUUUCUUCCCUUGAAUGGUCCUCGCCACGUGCGGACGCUCACACCAUGCCUGCAAGCGGUUCACGAAGAGAUCUUCGGUGAGAACCUCACAGCCCUUGUAGGGCCCUACUGCUGUGCCCAGUUUGCGGUGUCCCGGGAGACCGUCCAGCAGCGCAGCCUGGACUUCUUUUCCCGUAUGUUGAGCUUGGUUGAUGGCUCGCGUGAUGUGGAUCUAUGCGGCGUGGAGGGCACCAAGCGGAGUACGCAGUGCUACGGUUUCGAGUUCCUCUGGCAUGUGGUCUUUGGUGAGGAGGUCGACCCACCCGGCCGAGAAGACGACAUGCGCCUGCCCGUGUCACUGCGCCUGAAGCACGGCAAGGAGCAUUCUCGGCUAAACUGGAUUGGAAUGCCUCUUGCCCGCGACAUCCCACUGAAGCUGGUGCCAGAUCACGAGCAUGGCAACCCCAUGUUUGGUGCAGAAGAAAACGUCGCCCGCAGACAGGAGACAGUACUGCCCCAGAGAAAUUAA